AUGCUUUCAUCUUACUGGAGUUGGAUCAUACCAUCUGUCAUUGUGUUUGUUCUAAUUAUUGUCGGCAUUCUUUUGUUUCUCCACUUGACAAUCAAUCCAAAUUUCGAAGUACAUUAUCUUCCCGCAGUGUCUUCACCAGUACUUCUCACCAAUGCAACAUCUGCUUCUAAUAAAUAUACUCUAGUGUCUACUUCUGAUACAGAUACUAUAAGAGCUGCUCCUGCUCCGAUUAAUUCAGCUGCUACUCCUAGCAGCGCACUAAUGGAUGAUGCAACAAUAUUAUUUAAUAAAGCUAAAAGCGUAUGGGCUAUUAUUUCGAAAAACGCGGCGACAGCCGAUAUUCACACAAUACAUGGCAACGUUUUACCGGCUAACAUCAAUAAUCCAUUAGAACUUCAAUCUUGGUCGCCUUCGCCUGUUUCUCGUUCUUGUUCUCUAACGAUUCAUAAUCGUUUAGGUUUACGCGUUCUUCAGUUUGACUAUGAUCUCGAAUUUCUUUACGGCGGUUCUUUAAAUGGUCGGGGAGCGUAUUUGGAUGGUAUUACCGUAGUUCCAUCACGUACAAGUGUUGCCUGGUGUUAUGUAUUCAAUGCAAAAGUUGAAAUAACGUCUGUACGCAAUGUGGGCACAAGUGAUAAUCCAGUCGCUGCUGCUCAUGUUGAAUUAAAAUAUCAACUAAAAGGACUCAGUCGAGUAGAAGGAACAACAUCAUUUGAUGUCAAAGGUGAUGGUCGUGUGGAUGUUUUGCAUUCGAAAUAA